GAUGGCAAAGAACCCAGAAAAGAUGAGUGCAACGAAGAAGUUGGAAACAAUAAACAGGUGUAUGGGACACACCAAGAGAGGUUUGGAAAAUGGAUGCUACACGAAAGGUCUGAUUAAGAUAAGAUGUUUCACGGCAGAGAAACUGCUGGAUGAGUGGCAAGAUUCAUUUACUGAGGAAAUGGAAGACCAAGUAGCAGAAACCAGAAGAAAGAUAAAGAAAUAUCUCAAGGUGGUCGAGAAGGAUUACUCAUCCAAAGUCAAACACCCACAAGGAAUGAACAUGAGUGACGAUAUAGACAAGGGAGAUGUCGAAGCAGACAUAAAAAAUAUAUGUAUAUUGGCGCAGCAGAAGCAUGGAAGCAGAGAUAAGAAAGAUGAAUAA